GGCACUAAACAGUUGCACUCGUGAUUAGUCGCGGAAAGUGUUAUUUACGAUCCUACGAAGUGUUUGUUUAAUUAAUAAACAGUAAAAACCGUAGUAAGCAAAAAUGGCUAAUCCUGCUCUAAGAGAUAUGGUAGAAGAAGAUGCGGCAGCGUUAGUGUUCCCAAAAGAGUUCGAGAAUGCAGAAACGCUGCUGAUCAGCGAGGUGCACAUGCUGCUGGAGCACCGGAAGGCACAGAACGAAAGUGCUGAGGAGGAGCAGGAAUUCUCAGAGGUGUUUGUCAAGACGCUGGGCUACACCAAUCGCUUUCGAAAGUUCAAGAACAAGGACACAAUUGCCGCUGUACGUAGUCUGCUAGCACAAAAGAAGCUGCACAAAUUUGAACUGGCUUCGUUGGCGAACCUGUGUCCGGAGAACCCCGAAGAAGCAAAGUCGCUGAUUCCGAGCCUGGAAGGGAGAUUUGAAGACGAGGAGCUGCGACAGAUCCUGGAAGACAUCCAGACGAAGAGGAGCCUCCAGUACUGAUGAUUGUGCACUGCAUGUGUUUGGUGCCUGGCUGCCGGCAACGAGUCGCACAUAUGUAUCGUUGUAGGGGAUGAUUGUUGUUUUAAGCAAAGUUUUCUGUGUUGAGUUUAUAUUCUUUGAUAGGGUUUUUCUGGCAUUUGUGUAAUGGACUUGUAAGUUAUUUUGCCACACAAGUGUGAUUUCAGUUAUUACUGUCAUUCAUUGCAUUUAAAAAAAUGGGUCAGCUGAAGUUAGUCUGUAUAAUUACUCCAACUGAUUUCCCUUAUUUUGUUACAAAACAGUGAAAUAUUUGAUCAGUAAAUGAAACAAACUACUGGAAACUUAAAUUCAAGAAUAGAACAGUAGUCACAUCAGGAUAGUUAGUAAUAGAAACACACAACUUCCGCAGUUUCUCAAUUUUUACCUGUAUUUAACACAUUUGUGAUGGCAAUGUGAUGUUGAUUGGAAUAUUGGGUGCGUAGAGGAACUUUUAUUUUGUAAAAACUGACAUUCCAGAAACAAGGGAUUGUGCUGCUGCA